GUGAGGACGACAGGGAUGCUGAUCCCAAAGGUCCUUUAGAACAUCACAGAGGGUUGGGAUAUCUUGCGUUUGCCAUCUGGAAUUUCUCUUUGCUUGUUUUACUUUCACUGUCUUACCUGGAGUUCAAAGUUUUGGAAGAGCCACAUUUAUGGAUUACUGAGAGGACAGGGGGCACACAGCUCACGAUGGCCGUGGCUUUAGACGCAGUGUGGGUGAGGGUCAAGAAUGUCCUCAAACAGAACGGUCUCCUCAUCCUGUCCGUGUUGGCUGUGGUCAUCGGGUGUCUCCUGGGGUUCUUCCUGAGAACACGGCGUCUCUCAGAGCAGGAGGUGAAGUACUUCCAGUUUCCUGGUGAACUCCUCAUGAGGAUGCUGAAGAUGCUCAUUUUGCCGCUUGUCGUGUCCAGCUUGAUGUCUGGACUGGCGGCCCUCGAUGCCAAGUGCUCCAGUCGGCUCGGCCUGAUCACCGUGUCAUAUUAUCUCUGGACCACGUUUGUGGCCGUGAUCGUGGGGAUCAUGAUGGUGUCCAUCAUCCACCCGGGCGGAGCGGCCCAGAAGGAGGACUCUGAGGACAGCGGCAAGCACAUCAUGAGUUCUGCCGACGCUCUGCUGGAUCUAAUCCGAAAUAUGUUCCCAUCAAAUUUGGUCCAGGCCACUUUUCAGCAGUACCAAACACGGAGCCAGCUCAUCAUCAAGCCAAAGCCGACGGUGAGUCAGGCCCAGUCAGAGUCCACCACACGGCGGCCGCUCAUCUACGGCAUCCAGGACGAUAACGGCAGUGACGUCCAGAACUUUGCUCUUGACCUCACCCCACCUCCGGACGUGCUGGUGCGCACUCGUGAAGGAACUAGUGACGGAAUGAACGUCCUCGGGAUUGUUAUCUUCUCGGCCACCAUGGGCAUCAUGUUAGGAAGAAUGGGCCCCAAUGGAAGCGCCUUGGUCAACUUCUGCCAAAGUCUGAAUGAAGCGGUUCUUAGAAUUGUGGCCAUUGUCAUAUGGUACUUUCCAUUUGGGAUUGUUUUCCUGGUUGCUGGUAAAAUCCUGGAGAUGAGUGAUCCCUCUGCAAUGGGGAAGAAGCUGGGUUUUUAUGCCAUCACCGUGGUGUUUGGGUUGGUGUUGCAUGGCUUGUUCAUCCUGCCUGCCAUGUACUUCUUCAUCACCAAAAAGAGCCCCAUCGUUUACAUCCGGGGAAUCCUGCAAGCCUUGCUUAUAGCCCUGGCCACUUCCUCCAGCUCUGCCACUUUGCCUAUAACCUUCAAGUGCCUCUUAGAGAACAAUCACAUUGACCGGCGCAUCAUCCGAUUUGUGCUCCCAGUGGGCGCCACCAUCAAUAUGGACGGCACUGCCCUUUAUGAAGCUGUGGCGGCCAUCUUCAUUGCACAAGUUAAUAAUUAUGAGCUGGAUUUUGGCCAGAUCAUCACUAUCAGCAUCACAGCAACGGCAGCAAGCAUCGGUGCAGCAGGGAUACCACAAGCUGGACUGGUCACCAUGGUAAUUGUGUUGACAUCUGUUGGAUUGCCCACUGAUGACAUCACCCUCAUCAUUGCAGUGGACUGGGCACUGGACAGAUUCCGAACGAUGGUAAAUGUAAUGGGGGAUGCUUUGGCCACAGGCAUCAUGGCACACAUCUGCAGGAAAGACUUCAUGAAAGAGGGAGAUGGGGUUCCUCUGGUUUGUGAGGCUAAAAUCCCAGUGAAUCCCCCACCCACAAUGAACUGCCACAACAACAAUGGGAACGUUCGACCGCCUGCCUCAGGAGUCAAACACAAGCUCGUCCCGCCUGAUGUUGCUCGACUAAUGCAGCUUGAAGAAGGUGUUCAGCAGAUUUCAGACAAAAAGAAACCUCCAAUUCCUCCAAGAUAUCUGAAGAAGAGCAAAGAACACUGCACUAUUGACAUGAAUGGCCUUGAGACCAAUGUAUAGCCUCUGAGUGCAAUUUCAUUUGAUAUUAGUGUAUUUGGACAGAUGGAUGCUCAGAAGCAAAGAAAACUGGUAAAGGCAUCAGUAUUGUAUUUUAUAUCCUACAAUACCAAAAUCUAUCUAUCUACCUAUCUGUCUAUCUAGCUAUCCAGCUAGUUAGCAAUCUGUCUGUCUAACCAGCUGGCAAGCUUGUUGUAUACUGCAGCACUGGUCAUGCCAAAAAAAAAAAAGACAAAAGUUGUGCUUUUAUUUAAAGGUCAGAAUUUGUGAGCAGUAGACUCUGGCCAGAGUUACACUUUGGAAAACAUGGAAAAAUUAGCUGAAAAGUUUUUAUGUGGAGGAAAGGUCUCAUCCACCGACACCGACAAGCUACUGGAGAAUAAAUUGACAUAAGUUUCACACAAAUUACAUGCUGUGUGUGAUGAAUGGAGUUUGUUUCAGCUGUAAUGUUUUUUUUUUUGUUUUUUUUUAUUCUGGCUGGUUUUAAAAAUUUCUUAUUUGUAUUUCUUUAUUGAGAGGAAAAAGCUGUUUCUCUCCAUUGCCACUAUGUUUUAGCAUCAUUUUUCUAAUCCAGGGCUGGUUUUCAUGCACACACAAGAUGUCACUCCUUGUUCCUUCCUAUUUACAGCUUCCUGAGCGAAGAGACGGUCUCACUCCCACAGUGAAAACAUGUUUAUAACAAUACAAUGACAUGUAAAGAAAAUUACAAUGAUUGGUUGGAGCACAUUGUGAGGUAACUUGUCUCUGCCUAGGAGUCAGAUAUUGACUGAUGCAAUUGUAUAUUCAGUUAAGAUAGUUCAGUCAUUGUCUGAAAAAUGCACCAAGAAAAGGAUUCUGUAGAGUCUAUG